CUCUCUUCUCUGUGUGUUUUGGUGAGUCUAGCUAUCUACCAGUCAGAGAUAGAUGAGGAGGACGUACAGCCAGAGGAAACAGACAAACUCCUAACAGAGAUGUCUGGUGGUCCCCUCUCCUGCUUCUCCAAACAGGGAAUACUCCUACUCUCUAUCCUCCACUAUGGGAUCUGGGCUGAAGUCCCUCCGAAUGACCUGUAUGGAUUGAGGGGGGGUUCGGUGUGCCUGGCUGUAGCAGAACCACCGCAGGAGCUUGGAAGACAAAGUUGGAAGGUCAAUAGUACCAUAAUAGUUUCUGGCAGAAAUGUCUCUCCUAAAUACCAGGAGAAAGUGGAGUAUAAUCCACUGAACCACUCUCUGUGCAUUAAGAAUCUGAAUGAAAAAGACAGAGGAACUUACAUUGCAACCUAUGAGAAGAAUUGGGAAGAGUUGACUACUACAUACAGACUAACAGUACAGGAGCCUAUAUCCAAGGUGGUGAUCCAGAAGGAGAUCACGCUAUUGGCCAACCAGUCCUGUUCAGUGUGGCUGCUGUGCAACGUGUCAGUCGGCUCCAACCUCUCCUACACCUGGGAGAGAGGGAAUGAGACGUACAGGGACGACGAGCAGAUACACUUCUCUCUGUCACCAGCAGACGGAGACAUCAGUGUAACCUGCAACGCCUCCAACACAGUCAGUGAGAAAUCUGCCUCGGUAACAGUAAAGUGUAGUAAUGACACAACCAUCCCAGGGCUGGUGUGGUAUAUCGUCUGCAUUGUAGUGGUGUUGACCCUCAUUGUAGGGGUGCCAGUGUAUUGCUGCAGGGGUCGCUGUAACAUGGUAUAUCAAAAUGACAAGACAAUAUAUGCGGAUGUUAUGGGCAGUACAAUAAAUAAAGAUACAAGAGGGACAGUGGAUGAUCUGGCUGAACCAAGACUGAACAAGCCGCAGACUCUGUACGACGAGAUCAAAGUUGGACACCCAUAAGCGCCCUUUUCUGCCUACCAGGAAGUACUUGUGAGCUGAGCAGGAUGUGUUCAUAGGAUGGGCCUUAUAUCUCUGCAUCAUCUGCAUCCAAGUCUGUAGAUGGAUGUUACUGUUAACUUUUAUCACGACUUGCACAUUUCUGACAUUUGCUGCUUAUUUUUUUCAUGAUUGCAAUCUUCUCCCUUCAUUGUUCCUCAUAUACAGUGGGGCAAAAAAGUAUUUAGUCAGCCACCAAUUGUGCAAGUUCUCCCACUUAAAAAGAUGAGGCCUGUAAUUUUCAUCAUAGGUACACUUCAACUAUGACAGACAAAAUGAGAAGAAAAAUCCAGAAAAUCACAUUGUAGGAUUUUUUUAUGAAUUUAUUUGCAUUAAACAAAACUAUAAACACACAUACAUUACAACAAAAACAUUGUACAUUAAAAACACAAACGUCUUGACUAACAGCUGGCCUAAAAACAAUUACACUCUUCUAUGAUAUAUACAUCGAUCAAGUGGUUAAACUCCACCAACGAAACUAGAUCAUCACAUUUUAAAAUGUUCAUGACAGAAUUCCAGGACCACAGAGCUAAGUAACUAAAACUAUUUCUACCGUGUCCUGUUCUAAUUUUUGGUACUAUUAGAAGCAAAUCAGAAUCGGACUGUAAUUUAUAUUUAUUUACUGACCUGACUAAAAAAAGAACAGAGAUAAAAUUGAAUAAUUAUAGAGACACAUUUUAUUCAUACUAAAUGUAUACAUAACAUUGCAUUUCUGAUUUACUGAACAAUAAUUGUUGUCUGAGAAAAAUAAAUGCUGUUUAAAACUUGAAAUAAUAUCAUUUAAAGUACAUUUUGUGUCAUACUUACUUCUCAGUAGUCACUGGGCCUGUUGUUGAGGAAGCUGGAGAGGGAGGGGUCAGGUUGUUGGUGGACAGGUCAAUGUCAGAGUAAUGACACAACCUCUUGUGAGGACAGAACACUAAAGCCCUGUAUCCUGUCACCUGAAUCAAUGAAUUCAUUCAUUAAUGUCAACAAUCACAGUAGGAAGGUCGAAUCACUGAGGUUAUAGUCACCCAAGCUCAUCAAACUCAAAGUUACCUCAAUGGUGCCCCCACCCUGGGUCGUCCAUCCAUUCAGAGGCAGACACCUGUAUCCAAUACCUGUUUAGCCCAGUACACCUGUUUCCAGAGGCGUAAUGCCCAUAAGGAGCAGAUUUGUCCUGUAAGAAAAUGUAAUAAUAAUAAUAAUAAUUCCAUGUUUUUGUUGUUUCUCUGUAAUACUACUAGCCACCUAGCAAUUUUAUGAAGUUGACUUCAGCUAGCCCAGGUAUGUUUCCAAUCUGAUAACUAGUUAAGAAGCUAGCUGCUUUUAGCAACGCUAGUAGCCUAUUUACACAAUAGCAUUGCUAUUAGCUUGCAAAAAAACAGAAUAGUCCGCCGAAAGCCAGAAGUGAAACACAAUUACAUUUCAACUUUCUAUAUAGCCAUGUUAUUAGCUCAUACCCCUGCACAUCGACUCAGUACUGGUACUUCCUGUAUAUAGCCAUGUUAUUACCUCGUACCCCUGCACAUAGACUCAGUACUGGUACUCCCUGUAUAUAGUCAUGUUAUUACCUCGUACCCCUGCACAUCGACUCAGUACUGGUACUCCCUGUAUAUAGUCAUGUUAUUACCUCAUACCCCUGUUCAUCGACUCAGUACUGGUACUCCCUGUAUAUAGCCAUGUUAUUACCUCGUACCCCUGCACAUAGACUCAGUACUGGUACUCCCUGUAUAUAGUCAUGUUAUUACCUCUUACCCCUGCACAUCGACUCAGUACUGGUACUCCCUGUAUAUAGCCAUGUUAUUACCUCGUACCCCUGCACCGACUCAGUACUGGUACUCCCUGUAUAUAGCCAUGUUAUUACCUCGUACCCCUGCACAUAGACUCAGUACUGGUACUCCCUGUAUAUAGUCAUGUUAUUACCUCGUACCCCUGCACAUCGACUCAGUACUGGUACUCCCUGUAUAUAGUCAUGUUAUUACCUCGUACCCCUGCACCGACUCAGUACUGGUACUCCCUGUAUAUAGUCAUGUUAUUACCUCGUACCCCUGCACAUCAACUCAGUACUGGUACUCCCUGUAUAUAGUCAUGUUAUUACCUCGUACCCCUGGACAUCGACUCAGUACUGGUACUCCCUGUAUAUAGCCAUGUUAUUACCUCAUACCCCUGUUCAUCGACUCAGUACUGGUACUCCCUGUAUAUAGCCAUGUUAUUACCUCAUACCCCUGCACAUAGACUCAGUACGGGUACUUCCUGUAUAUAGCCAUGUUAUUACCUCGUACCCCUGCAUAUAGACUCAGUACUGGUACUUCCUGUAUAUAGCCAUGUUAUUACCUCGUACCGAUGCACAUAGACUCAGUACUGGUACUUCCUAUAUAUAGCCAUGUUAUUUUUACUUGUUAUUGUUAUUCAUUAUGAAUUUAUUCUUCAUGUUACUAUUUCUAUUUUUCAAUUUCUAUUUUUUAUCUUUAACUCUGCAUUGUUGGAAAAGGACCCAUAAGUAGGUAUUUCACUGUUAGUCUACACCUGUAUUUACCAAGCAUGUGACAAAUAACAUUUGAUUCUAUUUUUUAUUUGAUUUGUAGACCAACUUCUUCUCCUCUUACCUCAUGUUAAAAUAAAAGUCCUGCCAAUGCGCCAU